AUGAAUAAGCAAGAAAUCAACUUUGUGAAGGCAUCAUAUGAAUCUCAUAGAUCUGAAAUAAUUGCAGAAUACUUAUAUGAUCAGAAAAUUCAAAAUAAUGACAAACAUAUUGAAAGCGAUCAAUUUUUAGCAAUAUCAAAUGCAGAGAGCUUUAAUGAUAAAGUUAUUACUAUUAAUUUUAUAUUAGAAGUCAGAGAUAAAAAUAUGAAUAAUAUAUUUAUAGAUAAAACAAUUAAUAAUCUCAAAAAACUUGAAGGAGAUUUGGAAUAUAGAGAUAGAGUGAUUAGAAAAGAAUAA